UAGUAAAGUGAUCAAUCUUUAACAAUUUUUGAAUGAAUAUUUAUCAUUGGUUUUGAGAGUGAGAGAAAUUUUUAUUAUAAAAGACAAGCAUGGCACAGGCAGAAAUAUCGAAAUGUUCCAAAUGUCGAAGAUAUUGUCGACUGAUAACAACUUUCCUAUUCUCUCACAUCGGUCUCUGUGGUUUAGUGGUUGGAUACAGUUUGAUUGGAGCUUUUACUUUUGAAGCCCUGGAAGCAGGAUACGAACAAACAAAACGUCAGGUUAUGCUAAAAGAAAGAGAAAAUGUCGUUACGGGAUUGUGGUCACUAACUACGAUGAGCAAAGUGCUAUCUGAAAGCAACUGGACAGCCCGCGCUACGGAAACGUUACAGGAAUUCGAAGUUACUCUGGUGAGAGCUGUCAGGAAGGAAGGUUACGAUGGUAAAGAUGAAAGCCCUCUACAGUGGACGUUUUCUGGAGCUCUUUUGUAUUCAAUAAUCGUUAUUACAACUAUAGGUUAUGGAAACGUCGCUCCUAAAACCCCAUGGGGUAAAGUCGUCACUAUAGUCUACGCCAUUGUAGGCAUCCCUCUGCUGCUUCUUUGUCUCUCCAACAUUGGAGACGCCAUGGCACAUUCUUUCAAAUUCAUCUACUGGAAAGUGUGUUGCUACUUUUGCGUACGACCGAAGAAACAUCGCAAGAGAACCACGAACAGACUCAUAAACUCAUCUCAUCGAGUGCACAUCAUGCAACAAGCCACGCAAAGUGCCAGUGUCCACGUCCCAUCUCCCAUCUCAAAUUCCACAGAUCCUUCAGAUUCGCCGCAGUUACCAUCCAGCAGUUCUUACCAUACGGCCAGAACUAACUCUUCACCAACAAUCAGCUCUUGUAAAUCCACUCCAAAGCAUGUGGAAAUGGAUCCAUUGCCACCUUUCACACCAGCAUUGGUGUAUCCUCAGAAGGAAGAAGUGAUUCUAAACCAUUACCCUUUAAAAGUCAAUCGUCACAGUGUUCGUUACCACAAUCAGGCACAAGAUAUUCCGCUGGCACCUAUAAUUACAAAUAAGUAUGCCUUGCAGGAAGAAUCAAAAGUUAAUUCCAGACCUCUGCAGCUGCGGAAAAAAGUUGGAACAGUGCUGUCUACAGCACCAGAAGUUUUUACUAUCAUGAAUUCAAGAGGUCAUGAGAAUUACAGUUUCGGAUCCCAUCAACUAUUUAUGCCACAAAACAGAUACAGUUGGAAGAAAGAUUCCCGAUAUUCGGACAUUGACGGUAACAUGGCGGAUGAUGAAUCUCUCAGUGUCCUCUCUACCGAACAAGGCGAUGAGGAGGAAGUGAGCGUACCCAUGUGGUUGUGCUUUGCCCUAGUCAUCAGCUAUAUCUGCGGUGGUGCUGUCCUUUUCACUUUCUGGGAAAAGUGGAAUUUUUUGGACAGCUCGUACUUCUGUUUUGUGACUUUAACGACUAUAGGAUUUGGUGACCUAGUACCUGGAACAGCCGUCAUUUCUGAUGACAAUCAGUUAACCUUGGGUCUGUGCUCCCUGUACCUAUUGUUCGGAAUGGCUCUACUGGCCAUGUCUUUCAAUUUGGUACAAGAAGAAGUUACCAGAUCCAUCAGAUGUGUCGGCAAAAGAAUUGGUAUCGUUUCUGACGAUGAAGAUGAUUAAGAACUUUUGCUUAAGCUAAAUAUUCAUUUGUUUUAUGACUGGAGUAGCAGUAUGUCUAUUAUCCAUAGAAGGUAUUUGAAAAACUACAAUGGUGAUUCGAAAGUUCUCACCUCAAAUAAAAAUACAUUCAUCUAUACAGACAUGCAUUACAAAACGUCUGUUAUAAUGAUAAUUGCAUGCUUUUUGUUUCAAAUUUCAUGCAAGCUAAGCAACAUAUUUAUGGUUAGUUAUACGAAAUUGUGAUCUGAUCAAUAUAGUGUCAAUUAAAAAUCAAGAUUUAUGAUUUUAAAUUAUUAUUUUUAUAAAAAAUUUAGAGUAUUUUGGCGAUUAAGUGAAUGUUAAUUAUAAACCAAUUAAAAAUUCGAAAUUGAAUUUAAAUUCUGAAACUGUCUUAGAAUUAAGUCAAAUCAUGCUUUCAAGCAUCAAAGAAUACCUUAGUUUGUUUAUUUUUCUUUAUGGUGCUUUGUAUUCCAAAAUUCUUUGUCAUUUUGAGAAGUAAAUUGUAAAGUCUUUUUAUUAAGAAUACAACACAAUAGUUUUACUUUUUAAAUAAUUUUGAAGGUAGAAAUAUUAUAUAAAAAUGCUCAUUCCGUAAAUUUUGAAGUACCCUUACAAGGUUUUUCAACAACCCGUCGCCUCAUUCCCUAUUCGACAAAAAUACAAAAAUAGCAGCAAUGAAUUAACCAUUUUCAAAUAAUUUUAUAUAAAAAUGAUCGAUAAUGAAUUCAAAGAAUACAAUAUUGAUUUGUAUAUAAAUAAAUAAAUUAUUUUUAUAACAGGGCUCUAAUAAAUGAUUAAGUGCUUGUUUUAAUCGAUUAUUAAAACCCAAGAAAGGUAUUUUAGUUGAUAUUCAUGUUUAUUUCUACAGUUCAUGUUCAGAAUGUAAUCUGCAAUGAUUAGCCAUCUACCUGUAACUGAAAAUUUUAAUGCUACAGAAAAAAAGAGGGAAAAAAAAAGCUUAGAUCAAAACUAUCUAAUCAAUCUCUGAAUUGUUAGCAAAAAUAAAUUCUGUUGAAAUGAAGAAUAUAUUCAUCUACAUAAAUAAAAUUGCAUCCAUCGAUGAUGGAUAUGUUAUUUAAAUAAAGAACAUUUGGUUUGCUAAGAAUUUUUUUAUUUAUAGAUUCAGUCAUAUUCAGUCUGUGGUAGACUUUUUCCUUAACGUUUCGACUGAAAUGAUUAUUUGUAGACUGUACUCAUGAAUUUAACAUUGCGUGUAGGUCUAUUAUUUGUAGGUUUUGAACUAAUAUAUAGUAUUCUUUACAAAUAAUAUCUACGCUCUUAGUCUCGUAAUCUGUAUCUGCAGGAAUGAAUCCUUAUUAUAGAUUUAUAAUCAAAAUAUUAAAACGUUACAACAAUUAACUUAAAAUGUUCCUUAUGGGUUAUUUUGACUGAUAUUCCGAUUUGAAGGUUCAGAAAUCUUUAUACGAAAGAGCAAUGUCAGUUUAUUCUUGUGAAAGGAUAUACAGUUGAAGACUAUACCAAACAAAUUCAAACAUGACUUUCACAUUAAACUUUUAAAUGUACAAUGUGUAGUAUAUUUAUUAUGUGGUGAACAUGAAAAGUGCUUAUUGGCUUUCUAAAUAAUUCAAAGAAGCAUAGAGAGCGAUCGCGAAUGAGGGUAUUCAAGAUUAGUAUGAAAUUUAUUUAUUUAUUCCGAUUUUCCUCCAUUAUUCCUCACUUCACAAUAAUACUUUUUAAACACAACUUUAAGCCAAAUUGCGUUCAACUAGAUUUUUUUAAAAUUAUUUUUGAUAGUUGAAAAAAAGGAAAUUGAGAAAUUUAGUUAUCUUGAAACGGUUACAUAAAAUUGCCCAUAAGUAAAUACUGCAUUUGGCAAGGAUGAUCCAAUUCUUUGAAAUUUUUGUCCCUGGGAUUUAUUGAUAGUCAUUAAAUCCCAGGGACAUUCAUUAGAAAUACAACUUCCAGUGGGUCGUCUGGUCAUUUGGAAAACCAAUAGAAUGGGACAUAAUAGCCGUUUUUUUGGAAUGUAUUAACUAAGUAUUGACAAUGUAUUCAAGUAGGUGUUUGACGACCAUUCUGACCCAACUGAUUAGCAUUUACAUUUCUCAUUGCGCUUUUCUUCAAAAUUAAUUUAUGUGUUGGCAAUGCAGAAUAGA